UAAACCAAAUCAGAACGAAAUCUCAAAAGUACUCGAUAGCAUAAAUGGACGUUUAACAAAUGAGAAUUCAAAAUCAGGUGUGGAAGAUGACAAGGAUGGUUUCACUCCUUCCUGUUCUCUUUUGUCUUCUCUUAUCAGCUUCCCAUUUUGUAGCAGAAGCUCAGAGACACCAUAGGCCUGGCUUCCUGUAUACGAGGAACAGAGGAAGAUGCACUCCUCAGUUCUGGAGUGGAAGGAGAGAGACAUGGCCGAGGAUGGUUCCAGAGACAUCAACGGUCUCGAAUGUGUUUGGGUCGAGGGUUUACGAACGGUACAGAUCGGAUCUGACGUUGCUGGAAGCGACGGCGAGGAACGACGAGGAAGAGAACCCUUUUGGAGGGUUAGUGAAGGAAGGGAGUGCAGCACUUUUGAACUCUUAUGCCAGAGAGGGUUUCCCCUAUAAGCCUUGGCAAGUGAAGACUUUGGUGAUAAAAGCAUUGGUGUCUGAAGUUGCAGCAGCUUCUCAAGCCAAACAAUUCUCGUUGGCUAACAAGGCUUGCUUGUAAUAUAUUCAUACUCAUCUAUGCUUUUAAGUUUUAAUCUUUGGUGGUGUGUUUUUUGGGUAAUGACUUCUUAUUAUUCAUUUAGAAUUGGGCAAUUGGCUAGCCACACAUACUCUUUGUGAUGUUGGAAUGUUGCAAGGGUGAUAAUUGAUUUUGUAUUA